AUGAGCGAGAUCAGCGACUGCGCCUUCCACAAGCUUGUCAAGAACAGCGCGUACUACAGUCGCUUCCAGACUAAGUACAAGCGCAGAAGAGAGGGCAAGACCGACUACUAUGCCCGCAAGCGCCUCAUCACCCAGGCCAAGAACAAGUACAAUGCUCCCAAGUACCGCCUGGUCGUCCGCUUCACCAACCGCGACAUCAUCCUCCAGGUUGUGAGCUCCGAGAUCACCGGCGACAAGGUCUUUGCCUCCGCCUACUCCCACGAGCUCAAGGCCUACGGCAUUGAGAACGGUCUCACCAACUGGGCCGCUGCCUACGCCACUGGUCUCCUCCUCGCUCGCCGUGUCCUCAAGAAGCUCGGCCUCGACGAGACCUUCAAGGGUGUUGAGGAGGCUGAUGGUGAGUACAAGCUCACCGAGGCCGCCGAGACCGACGAUGGCGAGCGCCGCCCCUUCAAGUGCUUCCUUGAUGUCGGUCUUGCCCGCACCUCCACCGGUGCCCGUGUCUUCGGUGCCAUGAAGGGUGCCUCCGACGGCGGUAUCUGCAUCCCCCACUCCGAGAACCGUUUCCCCGGCUUCGAUAUGGAGUCCGAGGAGCUCGAUGCCGAGACCCUCAAGAAGUACAUCUUCGGCGGUCACGUCGCUGAGUACAUGGAGACCCUCGCCGACGACGAUGAGGAGCGCUACAAGUCCCAGUUCAACCGCUACAUCGAGAACGAUGUUGAGGCUGACGGUCUUGAGGACCUCUACGCCGAGGCCCACGCCGCCAUCCGCGAGGACCCCUUCAAGAAGGCCGAGUCUGAUGCUCCCAAGAAGACCAAGGAGGAGUGGAAGGCCGAGUCCCUCAAGUACAGGAAGACCAAGCUCACCCGCGAGCAGCGCGCCGCUGGUGUCCAGGAGCGCAUUGCCGCUCUCCUCCAGGAGUAA